AACAUGGUCUCCUUUUUAUGCCACAGAACCUGGCAUUUUAACAGUGGUGUUAGUCCGGUGCAUUCAGGGGCUGGAAAAUUAGGCCGAUAUUUGUGAUUUUUUAAAUAACCAAGGAGGCAUAUCUGUGAGCAGCCCUGUGUGGCUGUGAUUGUAGGGCACAAGAAACGUGUGAAACACAUGACACUACAAGCUUGUCCCAAUCAAACAGCUGCAAGCCAACCUUAGAGGAUUGUCAGCAAUGCAACAGUCUCUUUGGGUGCUGCAAACCUUCAGUCAGCUGUGGCUUGGAUGGCUCAGACAGACAAAAAGGUGCUGGUCCUGGGAGCGCUGGCCGGAGUGGCCGGCAUCGGCCUGGCUGUAGUGUGUUACCGUGGUUUGAGUUUUAAGCGAAGAGUGUCCUGGUCGGGAUUCUACCAUAACCGCACCAAUGAACAGGGAUCCGGCCUCAUGUUGGUGGACGGUCCUGAACUUCCCAGGGGCCAGGCAGAGGUACUGGAGCGCCUCGAGGCCCUGAUCCAGUGUGUAUCCGAGCUCAAAGAAGAGAUGAAGGCAUUGAAGACUGCUCUCCCUGCUCUGCCGGACCAAGUCAGGGAGGAACUGAAGGGUCACAGUGAGGCGCGGCGACUUGGUGCUGUUCAGAGGACCACAGCUACGAGGAGGAAAAGAGCAGCAGGCACCGUCACCACUACAGAGGGACAGAGCUCAGAGGACGCAGAGAGCGAGGGAGGGUACAUGACUGCGCUGACAGACUCCGAGGAAGACGAAAGUGAUGAAGAAGAAAGGGCUGAAGAGCAAACUCAAGACGGUUUAUCCAUCCUCCUCGACAGAAUUGACCGCUUACGCCAGGGCAGCGAGUCGGACAAAAGGGAAAGUCUGAACAUCCUUUUGGAGCAAAGAGAUGAGUUUGGACAGAAGUCAGAGUUUCUUUGGCGGCUAACCCGAGCUUACUGUGACGUUCACGAUGUCAGCAUCACUCAGGAGGAGAAGAAGACCUAUGCAGAAAAUGGUAAAGAAGUUGGUAAAGAGGCCAUAAGAGUCAAUCCCAAGUGUGCUGAAAGUCAUAAGUGGUACGCUGUUAUGUGUGGGAUCAUGGCAGAAUAUGACACAAUACAAAACAAGAUAAAGAACGGUUAUAUCUUUAAGGAUCAUCUGGAUAAAGCCAUUGAGCUGAAGCCGCAGGACCCCCUGUCCUACUACCUGCUGGGCCGCUGGUGCUAUGCUGUUGCUCAGUUGUCAUGGAUUGAGAGAAAAGUUGCUGCAACACUCUUUGGAGAACCUCCAAGCGCCACGGUUGAAGACGCUCUGAAGAAUUUCCUGAAGGUUGAAGAGAUUCAUCCCGCUUACUCAAAACUGAACUAUGUGUUCCUGGCUAAGUGUUAUAAAGCUUUGGGGCAGACAGAUAAGGCCAUGAAGAUGUGUGUAGCAGCCUCUUCAAUGAACACCGUCUCCAAAGAGGAUGAAGAAGCACAGAGGGAGCUGGAUUUACUCUGCCCGGCACUCGGAGUGUGAACAUGUUGAGGAAUCAUUCUGAAGUUGAUCUUACACCCGCUCUAUAAAUAAGCUUUAGACAGUUGGGCACUUCGAUGAAACAUAAACCUCUGGUGUGAAAGGUCUGGGGCUGGUGGUACAUGCAUGAAAUCACCUUCAGUUUCCACCUGUGCUCAGAGUAACAGGUGAGAAGCAGUCCACACAGUUUGAGCCAAAUCUAACCGUUUACAGGCAGUAGUAACAGGUAUCAACAAGGCUUUUCCCUGGAAACAAAAAUGAAUCUGAACGCUCCUGUUGGACUGCAGUUGGCGUUAGUCCUGUCACUCAAAUCAGGAGUGAGCUGAAGCCAAUCCUCACCUGGACAUGUGGUGAAACAAAAUAAACCUUUCUCACAUUAAAAAGUCAUCCGUAACAGGAUCACAGCACUGAACCAGAGACACACCGAGCCAGUUGUACUAACAAGUCUCUCUCUAUUUAAAUCUUCCUAAAGGUUGCACCAAAUGUGGAUACUUUAUAAAGAAUCAUUCAGCCUGCAUUGUGCUUACCUCUGCUGACUGUUGCAGCUCUGUAGCUCCCUUUGGCAAGCUUACUUUGGCAUUAAACACUGUGUUUUUAUCAUUCAAAAGCAGUGAAUGUGCCGGUAUAAGAUUCUCACACUAAUUCAACCGGUCUUCAUUCAAAGAGCACUUUUCUUUCACAUGGCAACACAAUGUGCCUGAGCUGAGCUAAGCAGGGCCUGCAUUCGGCUGCUUAUCAGACUAUUUAUAACAACAUUAAUGAUGGCUGGGAUUCCUUUAGUUUCCAUCCCUGGGAAAAAUGUAGCUUCCUUCUUUCAGGCUGCAGACUGGCAGUGCUCAGCAAUGUAUGCAGGUUGGGCAGCACUGUCUAUGCAUCUUAUUAGAAAGGACUUUCAAUUGCAUGAGCAGUGGAACAAAGAUCAUGCAUAUAAAGCUUCCUGCUUUAUGCUUGUUAAAGUUGUUUAAGAGCUUCGCCCGAGAAUACAACAGAUGGACGGUCAAACAUGUUCAGGAAGAGAUGCUGUAAUGACUUAGCUUAGACUCUAAUGACUGUUAUUAUAGAACCAGUUAGAAAGUUCUCCUCGCUCCAGCCCAUGUCCAGAACUGGAACCACCUUAUUGAAAAAUGAGAAUGCUUAAGAGAUACUAUUUACUACGUUAAAAAUAUUCAAUCCACAGUGAAGCAGAUGACUAUUUCCCCUCGGGGAUCAAUAAAGUAUCUUUGAAUUGAAUUAAUGAUUGUCCUGAAGUGUUGAGCAUCUGACAACAAUACAAAUAUGAACCUGGUACUCAUCCUACUGGAAAAGGAAAUGGACUUGAUAAACAUAGUGGACAAACACCAGCAAGUGAAAUGGCUCCCCAAAUCCUCACUGCCUGUGCAAACUUCACACUGGACCUGAAACAACUCGGAUUUGGCCUAUUUUGCCCAUGUCCUGUAUGCGUCUCUGUGGGGUUGCUCUUGGAGCUCUGUUUCUAGCUGCGGUCUAUGUCUUGUGAAUUUUCCCCAGACUCUUAAAUGAGUUUUUCUUCACAAAUCUAUCAAUGAUGCAUUUUAAGGGUUGCUUUUAGGCGUUAUUCUCCCAUAGGUUUUUCUUCCACUAAACUUUCCAUUAUUGUGCAUGUAUACAGUUUCUUUAGCUGUGACUUUUCUGGCCAACCCUCCUCUUGAAGGCUGUUCGUGACUGUCUGCUGGAAAACUGUCUAGUCAGCAGUUUUUCCUAUGGUUACAUUGCCCAUAACAAACCAUUUCUGUAUUAAAACUCUUUUGUUUCAAUGGUCUUAGUCAUGUUAAAAUUUUAUUUGAAACAAAAUUUCGUGUUUUCAUUAGCUAUAAGCCAUAUCAUCAGAAUGAUGGUAUGGUUUGGCAUCCGUCCUUUGGACAUAUUCCUCUGUGACCUCCCUUUUUUGUUUUUUUUAGCAUCAGAACAUAAAACGUCCAACGGCUCUGGGUGCAGCGAUGUCUUAACUCUGCACCUUUUUAACCUCAAUCUACCUUGAAUUCUCAUUCUGAAAGCCACACACCUGAGUUAAAGUGAACUCUCUCAUGUUCUCCAGCCACUUAGAAACUGAAAUUACUUCAUCUUUAUGGAGGUGGCGGUUAAGGAUGGGGAAAAACUGUCCUAGGAUCUGUGGGAAAAAACAUCUGUGAAUCAUCUGAUUUACAUAUUUUUUCUUGAAGCAAACAUGAAGUCAAGCAUUCUUCAAUCUAUUGUUCUUAAAGAGUUUUUUUUUUUUUAAUGUUCUCAAUCAUUAGGAUGUUUUUAUUUUCAUAUAAAGAUGAAGAUCAUUACACUACAUUGUAUGGAUAAAGUUUGAAAUGAUGCUGCUUUGAAAGUCAGCUAAGCUGUAGCUUACAGGUAAUGUAAAGAAGGUGUUACAAAAACUUAAUUUUCAGGGUAUUUCGUUGUGGCGAAGGAAAAUAACUUGUUGGUGGUUUGUUGCUCCUGUUAAUUUGAAUGUAUGUUUGAAUGUUUCAUCUUUCUCCUGAUAUUAUUCAUUCCUGAAUGUUGUCUUUAUAUUUAAUCUCAGUCUGAUGCACAGUAGAUCUACGGCACCCCCCAGACAUCUUGGCACCCCCAGCUAACCUAUAAAACAGAUUAUUAAGAAUUCAUAUUUGGGCGAUAGAUGUGGAAGAACUACAUCUAUCGCCCAGGCCCAUAGAAUGACAGAUCCUGCACCGUACUUUACAGUAAGCAUGAAAUGUGUUUCCACAUAUUCAUCUUUUGUUUCACGCAAACUCUACCUGGAGCCUGUGCUGCAGAAAAGCUCCAAAACCUUAGUUUCAUCUGACCAAAGCACACAGGUCCAGUUAAAUUCGUAGCAGCAUCUGGGAAACUCCAUACCUUUUUGUUAGUGAUGGUGGACCAAAAAAGGAUUUUCUUGGGAGUUUUUACAUGUAUAUAGAUGGCAACUAAUGGUUGUUGGCAAAUUAAACCUGGAACUUUACCCUGUCUUGUUUCUCGCUGAUCCAGUUGUUUUAAGCGUUUUAAUUAUGGUUCAGAUGAAAGAUUUUGUCAAAUUUAGGUGAGCAGCCUUUUUAUGACCUAACUGAAUGGCCUGCUCUCUUGUCUUUCCCAUUUUGAAGGGUGAACAAUAGAAAUGUGCUUCUGAUUGUGCUACAGAUUACUGAUUAAAAGAUCGUAAACGUAUCAACUUAACACAUGCAUUUAAAUAAAUUAAGGAUUGCUUAAAUAAAUUCUCAGCAUUAUAAUAAUGCUAUAAUUACUGAUUACAUUUAUUUAAAUGUAUUAUUUCUAAACAAUAAAAUACUAAAUAUUGCAUAAUAAAAAGCUUUUUAUUAAUAUUAUGUUUUGUUUAUGUUAUUGUUUAUAUAUAUAAAUAUAUAUAUGUAUUUUCUAGACAGAGGGUUUUUUCUACACUACAAAAAUAUUCACAAACUGAAGUUAAACUUUUACCCAUAUUUUUUUACUACUUAAUUAUGCAACUGUAAUAAAACCCUAAUUUAAUUUUGAAGCUCUUUUUCAGGGGUGCCAGUAUGCGCGGAGAGCGUUCGGUCAAUCAUGCAUAUCCUUUCAAAGCUUUUUUUCUACGUGUGUUUUUUUAUUAUGUAAAUAAAAAUUUCAGGAGCUGAAUUUUUUUUUUGUCACAUAUCAGAUUUUAUUUUACUAUUUAAAUGUCUAUGAAUGAUUCCGAGUGAAAUUUUAUUCAGUUAUGUCAAGACUGAUUGAGAUGAAACUGCAGCUUAAUGCGGUGUGUACUGAAAGGUUUACAGUACUGGAAUGUUUAAGUAAAUCUAUGAAAUACUGACUGGAGGUAUAAUUUACCUGCCUUGUUUGUGUUCUCAAGUUUUAUUGCUGUUUAUAAGAAAUCACCUCUGGCAACAUGUUGUAUAAUCUCCAACGUAUAAUUAAAGCACACUGUGAUUGUUUUUAAUAUUAAA